UUUGCAAGACAGAUAGUAGCACCGAACGGGCAAGAACAGCUAAAUGGCUGAUUCUUGUACUGGCUUUGUCCACCUAACAGAGCAGUCUUUUUAUUCUGAAUAGUUACCUGCUGAUCAUGAAACUGGAGAAGUGUGCCAACUGCCUCAGUAGGGAAUGUGUGAAGCCGGUUAAAGUUGAAAAGAAGCAAGGGAAAUCCUCUGGUAUAAUCCGAAUCGAAAACGAUGGCAGUUAUACUCAACUGAAUCAGGAUGGAGGUGUCCAGAAGCUUGAAAAAGCAAAAAUAACCCUGAAUGACUGCCUAGCCUGCAGUGGUUGCAUUACAUCAGCAGAAAGUGUGCUAAUCACUCAGCAAAGCCAGGAUGAACUUUAUAAAGUUCUGAAUCAAAACAAAGUAUCCAGUUCCAAGAAUCGAAAAAUGGUGGUAGUUUCCGUUUCACCACAAUCCAGAGCAUCAUUAGCUGCAAAAUUUAAUUUGUCAGUUGCAGACACUGCACAACGGCUGACAGCUUUCCUGAAAAACCUAGGUGUUGACUAUGUGUUCGACACCACUUUUUCCAGAAAUUUCAGCUUGAUGGAGAGUCAACGUGAGUUUGUGCAACGUUUCCGUAGUCAUAAGGAUGACAGCAAAGCUUUGCCAAUGUUGACCUCGGCUUGUCCAGGUUGGAUAUGUUAUGCAGAAAAAACCCACGGUAGUUACAUAAUUCCAUAUAUCAGUACAACAAAAUCCCCACAGCAGGUGAUGGGCUCAUUAGUUAAGGACUACUUUGCAAAACAGCAGAACGUGGUACCAGAUCAAAUAUACCAUGUAACAGUAAUGCCAUGUUAUGAUAAAAAAUUAGAGGCUUCGAGGGAAGAUUUCUUCAAUGAGGAAUACCAAACAAGAGAUGUAGACUGUGUAAUUACUUCAGGUGAAGUGUUGAAGAUGUUGGAACAAGAGGGACUCUCUUUGGUAAAUGUGGAUCCUGUACCAUUGGAUGCAAUAUUCGGUAAUGACGCAGAAGGUGAAAUUAUUGGUCAUUCCGGUGGAGGUUCUGGUGGAUAUCUGGAACAUGUUUUCAAAUAUGCUUCCAGGGAAUUGUUUGGAAUUGAAGUGCACGAGCUUAAAUAUAAAACACUCAAGAAUAAAGAUUUCCAGGAGGUAACACUAGAACAAGAUGGGAAUGUGUUGCUUCGCUUUGCAUUAGCCUAUGGAUUUAGGAAUAUCCAAAACCUGGUGCAGAAAUUAAAGCGUGGAAAAUUGACAUACCAUUUUGUGGAAGUGAUGGCAUGCCCUUCAGGUUGUCUGAAUGGCGGUGGCCAAAUACGAGCAGAGGAAUCAGGGUCCAGUAAGGAUUUGUUGCAGCAAGUUGAAGAGCUUUAUACAACAGUGAAGGUGCAGACACCUGAAGCAAACCAGAUCAUUGAGCAACUCUAUGAACAGUGGUUGGGGAGCACCGAUUGCACCAAAGCUUUGAAAAUGUUGCAUACACAGUACCAUGCUGUGGAGAAAAUGAACACUGCUCUGAACAUUAAAUGGUAGAAGAUUCCAAACCAUCACAAUUGUACAGAAAAAACCUGAUGGACAUUAACAAAGUCAAUUGUGGUACCUUUCACUUAAAAAAAAAACACAUUUGGUGAAUUGUUAUUAUUUAAAUUGCUGUGUUUGUAAUCCACAACAUAAAAUAGUUUUUCAACUUGCAGAUGUUUUGCCAGUCUUGAGUGAAGGAAAACUGGGAGUUACACUUCUCAACUGUUUGAGUAAGCAGUAGCAGUUUCAAUAGUAAAAAUAAUAAAUCUACAAGAAUAAUAGUUGCCCCUUCCAUUUCAGCCUGAUAGGAAAAUAAAGUGUGUUCUAGUGUUGCAGCAAGGUGAGCACAUUCUGCAAAGACGAACUAGGCUGAUUUUUUUUUCUUCUCCAAUAAUAAUAAAGGUGGAGUAAGGACUCUAUCUGCCCUCAUUUUAGUAGGGGACAUAAAGGCUGGUCCAAGUGUGCACUAAUAUGUGCAAAAGCCCAAACAGGCAGAUCAGUGGGACCUGGCGUGCAGUUUAAGUUCUGCUACAUACCACUCAUACGAAAACUUGAGGAAAAAAUCUGCAGAUGCUGGAAAUCCAAAUAACACACACAAAAUGCUAGAGGAACUUGGCUGGCCAGACAGCAUCUAUGGAAUCUAUCUAUAUUUUCCAUAGAUGCUGCCUGGCCUGCUGAGUUCCUCCAGCAUUUUGUGUCUGCUGCUAUAAUUUGAGAUAUUGUUUUCAUCUUUUAUUGCAAGGGGUCUGAAGUAAAAAAAAAAGUAAGUGUGCUUUCUUGGAGCUGUAUUACUGUGCACAGUUUUCAUGUCCAUAUUUAGGAAGGAUGUGGUUGCUUUGGAAGCAGCACAGACAAGGUUGAUUUCUGAGAUGAAAGGGUUUGUGUCUGAGGAUAGGUUGAACACAUUGACCUAUCCAAUGCAAUGUAGAAGAAUGGGAGGUGAUCUUACUGAAGUAGAUAAAAUUCUGAGGGAUAUUGACAUCAUGGAUAGUGAGAGGAUGAUUUCCCUAGUGGGGCUAUCUAGAACUGGGGCCAUGGAUUCAGAGUAAGGGGUCACCCAUUUCAUAUGGAGACGGGUAGGAUUUGCUUCUAUUAGAGGGUCAUGAUUCUUCAGAGUUAUCUACUCCAGAGAACUGUGGAGUGGAAUGAAUUGUUACUGGCCAAUUUUGCAGUUAUAUUGGUCAUUAAACUGGGAAGGGUACAAAGAAAGAUAUACUCGGAUGUUUUUGGGACUGGAGGGCUUGGGUUGUAAGGAGAGGUCGGGUAGAUAUUUUCCCUGGAGUGUAGGAGGCUGAGGGGUAUAGGUUUAUCAAAUUAUGAAGGUCAUGAACAAAGUGAAUAGCCAAUGUCUUUUUCCCCAGUGUGAUGGAAAAGUUUUAAAAGAGACCACAAAGUUGGUGGUGAGUUCUGUAUAUGGAACACGCUGCCAGGUGAAGUAGUACAAGCAGGUAGAAUGACAGCAUUAAACGUCAUUUGUACUGUUGCAUUGAUAGGGACAUUUUGGAGGGAUCUGGGCCAAACACAGGAAAAUGGCAGUAACUUAGAUGGGCAUUUUGGUUUGCAUGUGUGUGUUGUGCCGAAGGAUGUUUCUGUGCAGUAUAACUCUAUAUGAGUCUUAUUUAACUGCACCACCUGGAAUAUACACAAGAGACGUCUGAUUUUUUUUGACUGCUAUUGUAUUCACCAAUAUCUCUCCUGCCUGAAACUCCAUGGGAAUUUUUACUUCUCUUCCCCAGUGACUGCUGCAAGAAGAAUGUGAAUAUAAGGAUAAGAAAUAGAAGAUCUGCAAACUCUGCUGGAGUUAGAUGUGUCUAAAUUGCAAGGCAUGAGUUGCAGCUACCUCUGCCUGUAAGAUUCUCACACCCAUUUAUUAAAAACAAUCUCCUGUCAUUUGAUCACACUCAAUAGAAGCUGUGUGAAAUUCCUUUCAUGAAACAGCAAAAAAAUUGAAAAAUACAUGUUAAUUGCUAUAUUUGUAUAUAAUCAAGAUUCAAAAUGAUGUUUUAGACAAUUCACCUGCUUUAUUAAUAAAUAAAAUUUCUGAUAUUAUAAGACAAGUGUUCAGAUUCUGGGAAGUCAUCUCAGUAACCUAACCUUUAGAUUGAGAGUGCGCUGAACCAAGUGCCGAAUCCCAUCAAGCUGCAUUUGUUUUACAGCACAGCAGAGCCUAAUACAAGGCAGUGGAUAACAAUGGCAGCAUAUUUCUUUUGUGCUUAACAUCGCUCUGGAAUGAGUAUUUUGAUUGUCCCGUCCUCCUCCUACACUAAUCGUGAUCAGCCUGUCUUGGAAAUGUUAUUAUUUCAGAAACAAAUGUUUGCUGAUGGUUGGUGAUAACUUCAAGAAAAACAAUUUUAUUAACUCUGAGCUCAAAGAAACACUCUUAUUAGGCAAAUCCCUGUACUUUGAACCUUACCCUGAUGCCGAUGCCCCUGCCCUGGAAUACCUGCAUGUGGCACAUUUUAAUUUUUGGUAAUGGGUAUUAGGGAGCUGGGAUCUAGCACAUAAAUUGCCUGCUUGUACAUAUCUAGACCACCAAACCUGUAUCUGAUUCUUUAUUUUAACUCUUAUCUAUGGAACUAUAUGAGCAAUCUUAUUAAGGGGAGAGUUAAAAACAUAACUCCACAGAACAUGAAAAUGCAGAUGUAGGAGCCUGGUACAACUUUUCAUUUGGCAGUUACAAAUCUAAUGUGGACCUUAUUUGUCCAAGGUAGUCAUGCAAUAUAAAUUCUGCAACUAAAAUUAUUUUUCAUACUUCCCUGAUAAAUUGUUUUAGAAGAAAUGGUUUUCUAUAUUUAUAGUGUCAAACUACAAUAUCAAAUAAUUCGAGCUGGAGCUGGUCUGUGUUUAUCUUUAUGCCAAGAGGUACAACUUGUUUUAAUAUUGUGAUACCUGAUUGCAGAAUUUUAAAAAAAAUAUAAAGGAGAGACAGAUUUUUAAAGUGUUAUUACAGUGCUUUAGAGAUUAGUAUCUAGGUGGCCAAUCAUGGGGGUCCAUGAAAACAAUUUGGAUACCUGGUGGGGGUUAGGAGGAUAAGGAUGGAGAUGGCAAGGAAGGAGCUGAGAUCACAGAUGAGAACAUUAAAACUGAGGUAUUGCCAGACCAAAAGCCAACCCCCAGAUCAACAAGCACAAGGGAAAUGGAUGAAUGAAGGAAGGUGAAAGUUAGAAUAUGGGCAGCAGAGUUGAAGCUUGAACAAAGGUCAGGUAAAAAGUUGUGUAAAAGAUCAUAGUUGGAGGACAAAUUCUGAAAACUUCAGAGGUAUUUUUACGAUAGGAUGUGCCGAAUUUAAGAUUGCAGAUAGUUAUUACUUGUUCUGGAAUGGAUCUGAGUCACCAACACUAUAAACCUUAUUUUACUUUAAUAGCCUUACAAUGCCUUUUCAUUUUGUUUUUGGGCAUCUCCAGUUUUCACCCCAAUAUCAAGUGGGGAAGCAUUGCACAAUUUUAGGUUGAUUCUCUCAUCACCCACCUGUCUUGAAAUCAGUUUUCCUGGUCCUCAUACUGUAGCUUAGCAGUUAUUUUUAAUCCCUUCCAAUGUGUCAGUAUUCAUUCCCCCACAUUACUACAUUUCGGAAUAUUGCUUAUUAAAGGUGUAAGAGGAUUAAGCUACCACUCUGUUCCUUUACAUGCCCCUUAUCUGUAAAGGGCACAAUCUCUCAUGGAGUUCUCUGAUUUGUUGGGUGCUGUUUCACUGUUAGUCCACUAGAUGUCACCUAUACCUUUUAGAAACUCGAUUAACCUUGUGUUCAAUUGUACACGUUGCCUACGAGAUAAACUAUUGGACAAUUUACACUAUGAAUAUAAAUUUUAAGAUUAAUAUGCUCAAAAAACUCCAAUUAAGUUUGAGUUGUAUGUAAAAUAACAAGUAUUGUAACGCUAUGCAUUCCCACAAUCAUUGUUAUGUUUUUCCCCCAAGAUAAAGAGGCACCUAGGAAUCCAGGCUCCCUCAGUCACUAUGGCCAGCCUUGAGCAAUGUAUGGUAUACUUGCUCAAGUGAGAUACAAACUGCUGGAGGAACCUGGCAGGUCGAUCAGCAUCUGGAGGGAGAGAUUAGCCCGUGUGAAGAGGAGAUACGGAGGGCUGAGAUGGAGUGCAAUAGCCGAUAGGUGGACUAAGGAGGGGUUGAGGGAUGACAGGCAGAUGGAUCCAAAUUAGGGAUGGUGAGGAGAUGGCAUACAGAGGCAGAUGUUGGUUAGGUGGAAGCAGAUAAGGGGGAAAAAUUAGAAAAAGGCGCGGAGGGUUGAGUAGAGGCAAUGUUUUUCCCUCCACAGAUACUGCUUAACCUGCUGAGUUCCUCCAGCAGUUUGCCUUUUGCUCCACAUUCCAGUAUCUGCAGUCUCUCCAGCCUCCAAGUGAAAUUAUUGGCCUGCACAAUGUAUCAAAGCGGCAUGCUGCAGAAGUGAUCUGUUUUGUGCAUCUGCUGUCUGGGUUGUGAAAUUGCUGAUGAAUAUUAAUGGUUAAAAAUAAAAAUCAUCACAUUUUGGUCAAAAAUAUAGAAGCUAGCUAACU